AUGGCUUCAGUAGCUCAUUUUUUAAAAGAUGCUGAAAAUAUAAUUGAUGAAAUAUCCAAACGAAUUUCACUUGCAGAAAAAUAUUCGGUUAAAUAUUAUGUAAAUGCAAGAAUAAUUCAAAAACAUUUUCGUGGUUACAUUGAAAGAAAACAUAUUAAAUUGGUUAAUGAAAAAGCAACAUGCAUACAAAAAAAUUGGCGUGCAUUUUUGGGAAGAAAUUUAUACAGGGUUCUAUUAAAGAAAAAGUUUCACGAAAUGUGUUGGGCUUAUUAUUAUGCAAUGGCAACAGUGAUACAGAAAAACUGGAGAGGAUAUUGGACUCGUUCAGGCAUUUUUAGUUUUGUUCGUUUAAGGUCUUGGCUUUCUUUUGUAGCACAACAAAAUAAAAAUUUCAAAUGUUUGGCUCAGGCCAGUCAAAAUAAGAAUAAUGCAAUCGAAAUGAAACAAAGAGAAGUCGAAGCCAAAGAAUGGAUUGUUUACAUAUUGUUUAAACUUCAUCAUUUACUUAGAACUCAUCAACUUAGUGGAGGAAUUAUCGGAGAUUGA